GAAAACACAGGUGCCGCUGGUCAUAGCAAUCUCAGAGCAGCUACUGAGGUCAUCUCCUAACAAGGAGCUGUGUCACUAUACGGCGGGCUUAAUUUCCUUGAGCAUACUGGAGUCCUGGCUGUUCCUGAUUUUUUGAGAGUGUGGGAGCGUCUGAAUAGUCCAUCAUGCACAGGGGCAGUUACUGGAGGGGGCAGGGUCCAGACCCCAAGAGGGAACAGUUUAGGAGAUACUUGGAGAAAGCUGGUGUUGUUGACAGUCUAACUAGUGUUCUAGUGUCGCUAUAUGAACAACAAGAAAAGCCCAACAACGCUUUGGAAUUUGUCAAGCAGCAACUCGGUGCUGUUGGGAAGACUUCAGAAGAUGCUGAGGCUCUGCAGCAGGAGGUGAUUAAUCUCAGGCAAAAGUGUGCACGCUUGGCAGGGGAAAAUAAAGAGCUUAAAGCAAAGCUCCAGCGUUAUGAAUCUGUACCUGAAGAUGGAGGCACAGCUAACUAGACCCCAACCCAACAGCAUUUUGUUUCUACGUUGCUAUCACUUUAAAAAUUGAAGGCGAGACAACACUUAGGUGAAAACUAAACAUUUUUAUGUUGCUGUUUUGUCUUUUUUAUAAAUCUGUUUCUACUUUACUACUUUUGAUUUAACUUAUUUUGUACAUGAAUGUAUAUAAGUGUUGGUUUUUUUGGUUUAUUUAGUCUUUAGUAUAGCUUUAUAGUAGAAACUGACUUUCAGCAUGACGAGUGGGUUAGUAAUAGACAGUAGUCAUUAAGCUGUUUGUUUUACUUUCCUGUCUUGUUAAGAGGACACACACUGAUCAAUGUAUGUGUGUUAUUUACAAAAAUCUGGUGUAGGUGCACAAAAAUAUAUCACAUCUAAAAUAAAACAUGGCCAUGUAAUCACUGUU